CAGCAGCUUUGCGUAUCGUGCCUUAGUCGAAUCGCCGCUUAUACUUUAACGUGUUUUCCAAAGUAGUGUUGUUGCGAACCGGUAAUGGGGGUGCCGAAUUCCGAAAAACCCAUUUUAAAUUAACCCGCCCCCGCAUGUGCUGUGCCUUGUGGAUCUCUCACUCUUAUGUGCACGUUAUUAACCAGUGAACAUUACUUAGUGAGCAGUGUUGAUUCUUAUCGGCUUAUGGCGUGGUAUUGCAGAGUACCUUUGAGGUAACAGCGCUUGGAGGCCGUUGCUCGCGUCACUUCUGGAAGCUAACAACCCUAACGAACACCUCACUCUCUGCGAUCGUCAUGUAUUGGAUAUUAUUCACUCUAGUCGGGCUCUCCGUGGCCCUUCGGGCCGAAUCGUCGGGAGUUUUCGAACUUCGUUUGAUAUCUUUCGACAACGAAGCCGGGAAAGACGAUAUGGGGAAAUGUUGUACCGGGAAAUCGUUGUCGAAUAACGAAUGCGACGGGGUCUGUCGGCCGAGAUUCCGGAUUUGUCUUAAAGAAUACCAAGUUAAAAUAGACGCCACGUCACCUUGCACCUUCGGAGACGUCAUUACUUCGGAAAUGGGCCCUAAUCCGGUCACCGAUACACCCCAGAACGGGUUUUCCAACGCCAUCAGCCUCAAGUUUCCCUUCACUUGGCCGGGCACCUUCUCGCUCAUCGUGGAAGCUUGGCACGGUAACCAAUCGGCACAUUCAGCAGUUCUCGUCAGUCGACUGAUGCGACAAAGAUGGUUGGACGUGAGCGACAAAUGGACCGAAGAUGCGCACAGUAGUAAAUAUUCUACUUUGCGAUUCGAAUAUCGCGUGACGUGCGAGCCCCAUUAUUACGGCAAGGGUUGCGAAAAUUUAUGCCGACCAAGAGACGAUAGUUUCGGACAUUACAGUUGCUCCCCGACGGGUGAACGCGUUUGCCUUGCCGGAUGGACAGGAGACUACUGCACCAAACCGCAAUGUCUGCCCGGCUGCGACGAACAACAUGGUCACUGCACGAGUCCCAACGAAUGCAAAUGCCAGUCCGGCUGGGAGGGCCCUCUAUGCGACCAAUGCCAACGCUACCCGGGUUGCAUGCACGGCUCUUGCAUCAAACCCUGGAACUGCCUAUGCGACGAAGGAUGGGGCGGCCUUUUCUGCAACCAGGACCUAAACUUCUGCACCAAUCACAAACCUUGCCGCAACGGUGGCACGUGCUUCAACACCGGCCAGGGUAGCUACACGUGCAGUUGCCCUCCGGGCUUCAACGGUACCGAUUGCGAAAUACCCGCUGACGAUUGCACACGAACGCCUUGCCUCAACGGCGGCAGUUGCGCCCGCAACGGAUCCUACGAUGUAUGCGUCUGUCCUACGGGAUACCACGGUUCCCAUUGCCAAUCGCGAACACACACGCGCACCUGCGCGGACAAACCCUGCUCCAACGGCGGCACGUGUCAAGAUUCCCGCAACGGAGGAUUCGCGUGUUCCUGUCGUCCCGACUUCGGCGGCGUAGACUGCAAAAAACGCGUCAGCUUAUGCGAACCGAAUCCGUGCCGUAACGGCGCCACUUGCACCGAAUCCUCGACCGCUCCCGAAGGCUAUCGGUGCUCGUGUCCCGUAGGAUUCACCGGCGAACGUUGCCAAGUGGACGUGGACGAUUGCGCGGGUAACCCGUGUCUAAACGGCGGCACUUGCUUGGACAAAGUGAACGAGUUCCGUUGUCAAUGCGUGCCCGGAUUCGUGGGCCGUUUGUGUCAAAAACGGGUGGACUAUUGCGUGACGAAACCGUGCGCCAACGGAGGCACUUGCCUUCAAUUGCUGAACGAUUACGAAUGCAGAUGCCGGGACGGUUUCGCCGGUAAAGAUUGUAGCGAAGAAGUGGACGUAUGCCGUUCCGCGCCGUGUCUCAACGGCGGCACCUGCGUGAACCGCGUGCACGGCUUCGAAUGCGUCUGCGCGGCGGGUUUCUUAGGCCGCGACUGCGCGGGCGUAGCCGCCAGCGCCGCGCCGAGCGCGCGCGUCUCCUCCGACUCCGCCCUCACCACCGAGCACGUCGUCGUCAUCGCUACGAUCUCGACGUUCGUGCCGCUCUUGGUUUUGGUCGCCGUCGGCGCCAUCGUGUGCCUAAAACAGCGCAGGAAGCGCGAGAAAGCGCGAGCGGACGAAGAAGCCCGACUGCAGAACGAGCAGAACACGGCGAACAGUAGUUUCGCGAAACGGGGCGCCGCCAUGGCGGCCGACGCUAGAAUGAUCAAAAACUCUUGGGGCAAAUGCACCAAUAACGCGAUGGAGGAGUCGGUCGCCAAUUCCAACGAAUGCGAUCCGUUUCCGAAGCACCAAAUAAUCGACGGCAGGCCCGUGUACGGUUUGCAGCGGACCCGUUCGCAAAAACAAUUGAAUACCGAGCCGGUGGCGGCGGCGGCUGCGCGCGCAUCCGCCUUGUUGGCCGCGAAGCUGCACGAGCCUGAUUACGAACCCGUCAAGCGUCUGUCUGUGAUGUCGGCGACGUCCGCGGCCUGCUCGCCGCUGAGCGACGCUCCGCCGCCCAAAGAUGGCCCCGUAUUUGUGAUCGAAGAGCAUUACCACGUGCCGGACGCGCUAGCGGCCGGACUUUUCGCCACCGAGGUGUGAUAGAGCGCUCCAGCUCCGACUUGUAUAGUUUAUUUAUUAAAAAACGCAAAGCCCCAGAGAGUCGCGCUCAAGUGGCGACGCCGCUCGGCCGUCGCCGUCGCCGUCGCCGCCGCGGUCAGAUUCCGAACGCCUGUCCAUAGUGUACAUACUAGUAGUUUAUAACCCGUGUAAGUAGUUUAUUUUUUUUUGUUGCGCUCGAAGCUGACCGGAAACCAAAGAUUUGACUGGCGACGCGCUUUGAGAGCCAGCUUUUGCACUUAAGCGCGACAUCCCCCCCUCCCCCCGGUCUCGUCAGUAGUUAAUUUAAUAUGUAACGUUGUGAUGCAUCUAAGUGAGCUAAGUCACCUUGUACUUAACAUGGACUGUCCUAGGUUUAAGGCCGGCACGCCUCGAGUGGACUCGUUCUUCCUUGCGCGUAUUUAUUUAUUUUUCCCCCCCUUAUUUUUUAUUUUCCCCUUUACCGAGGCCAGUGGACGCUUCGAAGAAGCGCGGGCCCACGUGAUGAGUGCCGCUGUUUAUUUACAUCACUGAAUCGUGAUCUUGCGUUUAUGAUUUAAUUUUUUUUUUUGGUAGAAUUUUGUAUUUAAUUUUGAACAAAGAACCGAUGUUCCUGUACUGUAAACUAAGUCAUUUUUGUACUCGACGCGGGUGGAAAACGGGGGGCGGCCCCCCCGUUUUCCGCCUCAUCGAUUUACACCUGUUAUAUUACUUAACACUUGGCAAGUUUAAAGACUUAACGAUAAAGACGUUUUGUAAUAUAUUGUCGUGUAUAUUUAUAGCAUGUAAACUAAAUGUAACUAUGAAAAUCGUUCAUGUUUCUUAAUAAAUACUUCUCUAGAGAAG